ACGAGCGGGAAGCAACGUUGACAGAAGCGCAAAGUAACAGUUUUAGUCGCCUCCCACUUGCGGUGGCGAGGUGGAAAAGCACGUGGUCCAGAGAGAGCAGCGGUAAUCGGUGCCACCGGCCAGGAUCUACCGGCGGUGUGUUUCGUUCCACUUCCACCUCUAGCUUGGUCCACCACCACUAACACCGCCACCACCCGCGCUCAGUGUUCGUUGGCCGUCUCCAGGCGAAGAGUGCGCGCGAGUUGGCAAAGCCGCUGGCUUGUUGUGUGCCACCACUACAACCCACCACCACACAACCAACCAACUCUAAUGGUACAGUAGCGGCACGGCAAACGAUCGCGAAGGUUGCCACACGUGUGUGUCGUCGUCGCGGUCUUCCUCUCCACGACGUGUGCGUCGUCGUUGUCGUCGUCGUCGUCGUCGUCCCAAAGAGGUGGCCGCCUCUUCUUUCGGCCAGGUGACUAGCACGUGACCUUCGCCGUCGUCGAGGAAGAGAAUACUCGUGGCUCGCGAUACUCGGGCUCCGGUGAUCCGCGAGCGGCACGACCUCGUCGUCGUCGAAGAGGCACCCUCGAAGCACGAGGGCAUCGGCCGAGAGGAGGGAAGGCGCCAGGCCUUCUGCGCUCCUCGAGGAUGCCGCCGCUUCCUCGUCGUCGGCGACGACGUGGAUGUACGCGCUACUCGACGAGGGUGGAUUACUGCCAGAUAGCGGUGGUGUCGUGGAGAACGAUGUUGUGGUCGGCGAUGGCGCCUGCGUGAAUACCUGCGGCCUCCACCAACAUCAGCAGCAACACUCUCGAGGCCAUCGUUAUCGCCAGGAGCAACAACAGCAACAACAACAACAACAGCAGCAACAGCAACAACAGCAACAACAACAGCAGCAGGAGGAGCUGGAGGAUUUUCUGUGCUUUCGUGGACCACCGGAGCAAGAGAUGGUGGCCCAAGAAAUGGCACAGAGUUACACGCAGCUCCUCCAGCCGAGUCAAGAGCCGCAGGAAUUCAUCUCGUUGGAGGAGCUUCAUCCGCGUAUCCAUCAGGAGCACCGCGUUCACGACAGCCGCGGCCAGGUCGUUUCGACGAUCUCGUCGACCAGCGGCCAAUUCUAUCAGCACCAUCAGCAACAAGGCAGUUACUAUAACCUCUUGGCCGUUCAACAAAGUUCGUGUUCCACGGUUUACUUCGGCGACAUAGGUACGGGAUCGGGGGUGGGAGAAGUAACCGCCGCCUCGGCGGGGGGUGGCGAAGGUCUCAGCCUGACUCCAACCCCCGCCAGCAACAGCAACAACACAACUACCGCCACCCCCAGCACCACCGGCGUCACCACCAUUACCAUCACCACUACCACCACCACCACCAACGACACAACCCCGCAGAUCGUAACGGGGGCUGAACCGCCCCAGCACAUGGAGACACCCUCGACGAUGGUCCCCGACCAGGCACCCGCCUCCGGCCAUCACUACCACCGUCACCACCACCAUCAUCAUCAUCAUCAUCACCAUCAUCCACGCAGCGCGUCCACCCCUAGCCACGGGCCAACCACCACCGACACGUCCGACGAGUUCGUCGCCGUUACUAGGAAACGGAAGCUCUCCUGCCACGACGGUAGUGAUUUAUUGGACGACACGGGGGACGAUGCCAAGUCUGUUCGCACAAACGACGACAGCAAGAAACAAAAUCACAGCGAGAUCGAGAAGAGACGAAGGGACAAGAUGAACACUUACAUCACCGAGCUGUCAGCGAUGGUACCAAUGUGCCACGCGAUGUCCCGCAAACUCGACAAGUUGACCGUGCUGAGGAUGGCUGUGCAACACUUGAAGACCAUACUUGGGGCCGUUACCUCAUACACGGAAGGUCAUUACAAGCCGGCGUUCCUCAGCGAUCAAGAGCUGAAAACGCUCAUACUUCAAGCUGCGGAAGGUUUUGUCUUCGUGGUGGGCUGUGAUCGUGGAAGAAUUCUCUACGUAUCCGAGUCUGUUUUGCAGACACUCAAUUAUUCUCAGGGCGACCUGUUGGGUCAAAGUUGGUUCGAUAUUCUGCAUCCGAAGGACGUAGCCAAAGUGAAGGAGCAACUGUCCUCUUCGGAUCUUAGUCCACGCGAACGAUUAAUAGACGCCAAAACGAUGUUACCGGUGAAAACGGACGUGCCCCAGGGUGUAUCGAGAUUAUGUCCCGGCGCGCGAAGAUCUUUCUUCUGCAGGAUGAAGCGAAAAGUGGAAGGUGUUCGUUGCAGCGAGUUGCAAGUGAAGGAGGAAGCUGACACGGCCAGCGCGUGUCAUCGACGAAAAAAACAACAAAACGUCGACUGGAAGUAUUGUGUAAUUCAGUGUACCGGUUAUCUGAAGUCCUGGGCGCCAGCGAAAAUCGACCUCGAGGAACACGAAGGCGACGGAGACGGAGAGGCUUGCAAUUUGUCGUGUUUAGUAGCUGUUGGUCGGCUACAGUCCACGUUGCCAACAUCCUUGCCUAAGAAACCGCGUUUGAGACCGAUAAAGUUCGUCUCGCGGCACGCGAUGGAUGGCAAGUUCCUCUUUGUCGACCAAAGGGCUACUUUAGUGUUAGGCUUCCUGCCGCAGGAGCUACUUGGCACGAGUAUGUACGAAUAUUAUCACCACGAUGAUAUUCCUCAUCUAGCGGAAUCUCAUAAAGCUGCUCUUCAAGCGUCCGAGUGCGUCACCACGCAAAUAUACAGGUUUAGAACGAAAGGUGCGAGCUUCGUGAAGCUUCAAUCCGAAUGGAAAUCCUUCAGAAAUCCAUGGACCAAAGAUAUCGAGUACCUAAUAGCCAAGAACUCCGUUACCUCCUGUGACUCCCGAUUGAUCACGAGUAGUGGAAACAGAUCUGAGGAUUCCAGUGUUCAGGGCAACUACGACUACUUCACGCAAAGUAACGGCGGGUUAGAACGAUUGAUCUCGAGUCACGUAGAGGUAAGUAAAAUCGGCCGACAAAUAGCUGAAGAAGUUUUGGAUCUUCAAAGACGCGGCGAGGAUUCUUCUUCCGGUAGCAGUCCCGGGCCAGGACCGGAAUCUGCUUUGUUAAAUACCGAGACGCAGAUCACUACAACCGCGUCGCCAGAGAGGGUGCAGGAUAUGACACAGUCGACCAGAGGCAGCAGCAACAACAGCAGCAGUAAUCCUACACCGACGUUCAACCACAUAGCAAACAACUUGCAGUUGAACAGCAUCGCGAACGACCAAGGAGCGUCACCAGACGAAGACAUGAUGGACAUGAUCGGUGGAACGACGAUCAACGAGUCGCCGAAUCCAGUGCCGUCGGAUGGCAACGACGAGGCAGCGAUGGCCGUGAUAAUGAGCCUCCUAGAGGCAGACGCUGGCCUGGGUGGCCCCGUGGACUUCUCCGGUUUGCCCUGGCCGCUUCCAUAGUACAUACACUUUAAUUCUCUGCUCGUGUGAAAACUGAGACUUCCCGGUGUCCGAGAUACCCUAAACAGCAACAACGUAUUACGAAAACUAUACAAGUGCGUGUAGCAACACAGUGCGAGGGCCAAAGUUGACGCACUUUCGUUUCCGUUUCCAUUGUUUUACGUUCAUCUUACGUGCUUGAGUACUUGAUCAAACUUUCAACCGCUGGGGAAACUACGGUGCACGAACGUCACCGCGAAUUCUUCUUCGUUGCAUGCUCCGACGCUGUUAAGGCAGAUUAUUCUUGGUGCUGAGACGGUGCUGUUUAGAAAACGUGUCAAACGUUUUUUAAUUUCAUAGACAUAUCAUUUCUGUGAUCGAAAAAGAAA